AUGCCGCACCGUACGACUUUGAGUGCCGAUGAGCUGGAACGCAUGAGGGCGAGUGUGUCGCCCCCAGUGCAAAGCGACCGCGAGGCGAGACGUCAGGCUAUCAAGCUCAAAUCCGAGCAACGCACGGCCACGUGGCCGAACACGCUCGAGGCCAUGCGCAAGAAGAAGGAUCGCUGGAAAAAGGACAAAGAGGAACGCCUGGAGGAGGAGCGCAAGAAGAUCGACGAGGAGGAGAUGCGGCUUCAGCGCGAGGCGCAGACCAAGCAGAUCGAGCGUGCCAAUCGGCUCCUCUAUGAACAGACCGACCGGAUGAAAACUCUGCGGAGUAAGCAACUUCUGGCCGAUGUGGUUCAUCACCGCACGCUUCAGCUGGAGGAGAAGCAAAUGCUCAAAGAUCAAGACGAUUUGACAAAUUAUCUGUACGACCGGCAGGUACUUGCCAAGGUUCUCGAGGGCGAGGAAGAAGAGCGACGUCUAAGAAAGAAGCGCCAGGAAGAAAACGCGAGACUAGCAGCCAUCCAAAAGGGACAGCUCGAGGAGUACAAGCAGCGCUACAUCAGUGAGCUUCGAGAGGAAAAAAUGGACGGCGAGCGGAUGAAGCAGCAAGCGGAGCAGGAAUACCUGGACGAGAUGGAGAGAGAGCGUCAGCGGAAACUGCGUCUGAAGCAGGCGAGCGAGGACGCGCAGCUAGCAAAUCAAAGAUUGCGCGCUCACCGGGAGAUGCUGAAGGAGAAAGAGCGUCUUGAGGACGUGAAGCGCGAGGAGGAAGAGCGCAAGAAACAGCUACGCGACGCCAAGCGUAUGGACCUCCAGCGGCAGAAGAAAGAGAACGCGCAGGCCCGCAAGCAGCGCAUGAUCGACCUGGCCACGAAUAAUCUGGUGAAACUGGAGCAAAAGAACGAGGAGCGUCUGCAGAACCAGAGCAAGGAAGUGCGCGCGAAGGAGGACAAGGAGCUCAAAGAGCGCGCCGACCGCCGUGCUGUCGAGAAGGAAGCGAUUGCGCGUAGCCGGCGCCACCAGCUCGAGUGCAAGCAGCGUGAAAAGGAGCAAGCAGCCGAAGAAGCCCUCGAGUCGGUCAUUCAGUGGGAGCAGUUCGGUAGACGGAUCGAGAUGCAGGUCAAGCAGGAGGAGCAGGGGCAGCGUCUGGAAGAUCUGCGCCUCGCGGUGGAGCAGAAGCAGCAAGCGGAUGCAAGGCGCAAGACGAUAUCGAACGAGCGAGCUUCCAGACUGCAGGAUGAUCAUGAGACUCGGCGUGCGUUGGAGUACGAGAACGAGCGCUUCAAGGUGGUGGCCCAGCAGGCCCUCGACGAGGCCCGCGAGCGCGGCUUGACCAAUGUGUUCCCCAUCCAGAAGGCGCUGGCGGAGAAGCGCAUCGACCUGCUGCACGCAUCAGGCUUCCGCGUCUAG